CCUCCGCCACCCCCGACGCCCUCGCCGGCGUCGCCCGUCGUGACGCAGCAGCAGCAACAACAACACCUGCUACAGCACUUGCACCAGCCGCCGCAGCAGCUGCUCCACCACCACCAGCAGCAGCACCACCACCACCACCAACAACAACAACAACAGCAGCAGCAGCAGCAGCCUGCCGCCGACAACACCGUCUUCGUCAACUCGUGGCACCCGCACGUGUACGGCAAGCCGCCGAGGACGCCGACGCCGCACCUCAUAUCGGACAUCCUGGGCUGGGGGCGGAGACCGUCGCCGCCGCAGCAGCCGCCGCUGCCGCCCCCGCCGCUCCCGCACCAGCAGCAGCAGCAGCAGGCGGCUACCCAGCUGGCACCGCCGCCACCGGCCGCCACGCACAGGCCGACUCUAGUGGCCCCGACGCCCAUCCGCGCCACGCCAUCCCCGUGCGUGACCGCCAUGCACAACCUGACCCUGCUGCAGCCGCCCCCGCAGCAGCCGUCGCCGGCGCUCUGCAACCCCCUGGCGCCCGUCGCCGCCCCCGCCGACGAGGAGCUCAGCAACGAACCGCUCAACCUGACGACCAAAAGCCGCGACGCGUCGCCCACCUCUUCCGUGGGCUCCAUCCGCACGCUGACGCCGCCCGUGGUGCCGCCGCCCGCCCCGGGGAAGCUCCUCCUGCCCAACCACCGGCUACCGCCUUUCCGCGAGCCUCCGGUCAACGGCGUGGAGGCGGUCGUCACCAUCCCCACGGUCCGCGGACCCCCCGGCGCCGCCGUCAACGGGAGACCCGGCGCCGACGUCGGCGUCGUGACGCCUUCCGUCCCCAAGGGAUCUGCGCACCGUGCCGCCCCCAAAGACGGUUCUGCGCCGACGAAGUCGACUGGAGCGAAACGGAAGAAGGAGGCGAACCCCGGCGGCGGCGCGGCGGGCGUCAGCGACGGCGGCAGCGGCGGCGCGCCCGGCUCCGACAGCGACCGCAAGCGCAAGAAGGCGCGCACCACCUUCACCGGCCGGCAGAUCUUCGAGCUGGAGCGCCAGUUCGAGCAGAAGAAGUACCUCUCCUCCUCCGAGCGCGCCGAGAUGGCCAAGCUGCUCAACGUCACCGAGACACAGGUAAGCUACGCGCCGGCCCUACGCCCUGUAAGUACACACGGCGCAUUCCAGCCCGGGGAGCCGGGUGGACAGGCGACGGCGGCACCAUAGGUCAGCCGCUCUGUGCUUCGCUCUGGAAUU